AAGGCCGUGCCAUCCUGGCUGGACUCAGACUCAUGGCUCUGGGCAGAGUCAUGGCACCCCCAGCUCUGAGGCUCCCCCUGCUCCUCUGUGUGCUGCUGCUGCCGCUGGAGGCCCAGGGAGGGUACCGUGGACGUAAGUGGGCCCCAGCGUCCCCGUGGACUCCGUGGACUCCGGAAGCCGCGGCCUGUAAGCAGUGGCCCAGUGCUGAGGGCUGCAGCCUCCGCUGCUCCUACUUCCAGAAGUGUCAAGGGAACAGCACGUGCUGCUUGACCUUCUGUGGGAGCGUUUGCCUGAGCACCCUGUGAGCUGGGGGGCCUGCUCCCUGCCCCCACCCUCCUCGCAGAGGCUGCGUCCACCGAAGCCUGAGGACCUCUACUCACAGCACAAGGCCAUCCACCCAGAGCCACCUCCCAGGUCGGAACCCCUGGUCCCUGUCCAAUAAACUGGAUCGGCA